AUGAACCAAGCCCCAAUCGACCCGGUCUUCAGCUCAAUCAACAAAGCGUUGUAUGACCCCAAGCAAGUCCUAGACUCGCCCGAGUUCGAAAUUUUGAAUGAUCCUGCUAAAGUGCAAGAGUACUCCGAAUCAAAGAAGAACAUUGCUUGUUGCUACAAUGACAAACAACAGAUCCUCAUGGUAAAGAAGCCGAUGCCUCAACUCCACCCAGGUCAGGUCCUAUUGCACAUUCGUGCAACUGGCAUCUGCGGUAGUGACGUGCACUUUUGGAAGCAUUCUAGAAUAGGGGAGCAGGUGGUGAAGCAUGUGUGCGGAGCAGGUCACGAAUCGGCCGGUGAAGUUAUAGCCGUUGGCGAGGGAGUCACCAACGUUCAAGUUGGUGAUCGAGUCGCCGUUGAAGCCGGUGUGCCAUGUUCUAAACCCACCUGUGAGAUGUGUCGAACGGGUCGGUAUAACGCUUGUCCAGACGUAGUGUUUUUCUCUACACCUCCUUACCAUGGCUUGUUGACCCGGUUCCAUGCGCAUCCCGCUUGUUGGGUUCACAAACUACCCCCGAACGUGACCUACGAGGAAGGUGCCUUGCUUGAACCCUUGGUCGUUGCUCUCGCAGGCAUCGAGCGGGCUGGCGUGCAACUGGGAGAUCCGGUCUUGAUCACGGGUACCGGUCCCAUUGGAUUGGUCACCCUGCUCGCAGCUCAUGCUGCCGGGGCCAGUCCCAUUGCAAUCACUGGUAGGACCGAAAGCCGACUUGACAUUGCCAAAAAGUUAGUGCCCUCUGUCCACACAGUACACAUCAAGCCGGGACAAUCCGAACGAGAGCUCGCCGCGCGAGUUGAAGCUGCUCUGGGACAGAAGCCCCGAGUGGCACUUGAGUGCACCGGAUAUCAGUCUUCGGUCAGGUCUGCGAUCUUCAGCGUGAAGUUUGGGGGGAAAGUGUUUGUGAUCGGUUGCGGUGAGGACGAACAAAUGUUCCCCUUUGCUUAUAUGUGCGCCAACGAAAUAGACCUACAAUUCGAAUUUCGAUACGCCAAUCAAUAUCCCAAAGCCAUCUCUUUGGUCUCCAGAGGAUUAAUCAAUGUGAAACCCUUGGUCACCCACAGACUUCCGUUAGAAAAAGCCAUAGAAGCAUUCCACACUACGGCGGAUCCUGCAUCUGGAUCUAUCAAGGUCCAAAUUUUGGACCUGUAA